AUGAAUGUUGGUACCUUUGUAACUACGGAUGGUACUAUCUUCUCUCAUAUUGGUUCAAUUCUAGAGGCCAUGCUUGCUAAAGUUCCUUCAAACACUGAAUUUAUCAAUAUGUAUAGGCCCAUUCCUAAAUUUGGUGAAGGGAAUAUCCCUACAUCAUUGCAAGCUGUUCUCGAUGUUGGAGCUAUAUUACAAAGGGAUAUGGGUAAACUUAAAGCAAAAUUUGUGGAAGAUGCUGUCACUAUGAAGCCUAAUACACAAAGUAAACUUAAGAAGAAGGCAAAAGUUUGUGUUGUUGAUGAGGAUAUGGAGGAGAAUGUUGUCAGUGAUGAUCAUUUAGACGAUAAUGUUCAAAAUGAUGAUGACACUUCAAGCUCAUCAAAACAACCACAAACAAUAGAGCAACCCGUUACCACUACAAUACCUACUCCUACUACAAAUCUCAAUAUUUUGGAGAUUCCUCGGGUAUCAUUUGUUCCUACUAUAGAUACUACUCCUCUCACAACUCCAACAUAUACAUAA